UUGGGAUUGCACAAUACACAAUGCUCAUCUUCUUCAGCGUCACCGUCCCCUUCUUCUCCGCUUCGAGAAACCCAAUUUACAGAGCAACGGCGCCACCUUUGAUUUUCUCUCUCGGCGCGCUGUGUUGUCUUCUCUUGGCCGGCUCGGAAGCGCAGCUCACAGUCGGCUUCUACUCGAGCACAUGCCCCAAAGCCGAGUCCAUCGUCGCCUCCGUCGUCAAACAGGCCGCCAGCAGCAACCCUAGAAUUCCCGCCAUCUUGCUCCGGCUCCAUUUUCACGACUGCUACGUCGAGGGGUGCGACGGAUCGAUUCUGAUCGAAAACGGCGACGAUGCGGAGAAGACAGCGUUUGGGCACCAAGGAGUGGAGGGAUUCGAGGAAAUCGACAGGGCCAAGGCAGAGCUCGAGGCGGGGUGCCCGGGAGUGGUUUCGUGCGCCGACAUUGUCGCCUUGGCCGCCAGAGACGCCGUCGCCUUGAGCAAAGGGGUGGUCUACGAGGUUCAGACCGGGCGGAGAGAUGGCCGGGUUUCCAGCAGGUCUCUCGCCGCCGACGUGCCGGAUGUCGAUGACUCGAUUCAGCUUCUCAAAUCCAAAUUCAGGAAGAAGGGUCUCUCGGACAAAGAUCUUGUGCUCCUCAGCGCUGCACAUACGAUUGGCACCACAGCUUGCUUCUUCAUGGACACUCGACUCUACAACUUCAACGGAAAACCGGAGCAGUCGGAUCCGGCCAUCAACCCCCCCUUCCUGCAGAAGCUCAAAGCUCAGUGCCCCAAAGGCGGAGACGUCAACGUCAGAAUUCCGCUCGACAUCGUCAGCAGCGAAGUCUUCGACGAUCAGAUUCUGCGCAAUGUGCGGGACGGUGUGGCAGUGAUCUCGUCGGACGCCCGGCUCUACGAUGACGAGGCCACGAGGCUGGUGGUUGAUUCCUACGUCGUCGCCGCCGGCUCCUCCUCCUCCUCCUCGGGAUCGCCAUUUGAGCGGGACUUCGCCGAAUCGAUGGUGAAGAUGGGCCAAUUGGGCGUCAAGACUGGAUCGCAGGGCGAGAUCAGGCGAAACUGCAGGGCUUUUAAUUGAUCAUUCUGAGCUCGCUGUGUGUGUGUGUGUGUGUGUUAAGAUUAAGAUCAUUGUGGACGUUAAAAAUAAAAGUAUAAAUGAAUACGUUGUUGCAUGAAGCUUCUCAGAGUUAUGAGUCUGAUUAAGUGUCUAAUUUGUAAAUUAAUUACAACGUGUAACUAAAUUUCUUGUCCUAAAAGAAUAAUGUAUGAUAGCAUGGUGAUCGUUGAAGUCGGACCCAUCUGGA